AGAUAGAAUUCAAUGUAUUAAGGGAUAGAGACAGAGAGUGUUGUGUUGUGUCUAUAUUUUAUUAUCAUCACAAAUUAUGUUAUUGACAACAGGGACAUGGACAACUACAUGCAAUGCUGCUUUCUCUUACAAAAAUCUAGCUAUAAAUCUGGCCGGUUCGGUUCUCCGGAUGAACUCUACUGCAUGUGUUCCGGUUUCUGUUACUUGCAGAAGUAGUAAUGCUCCGGUUCAGGCAGCCAAUGCCGGUGAACCGGAGAAAAAGAGCUUAGCGGAGGAGCUGCGGUUUGGGAGCUUGGAGGAAGACGGGUUAUCUUAUAAAGAGAGAUUUAUUGUGAGGUGUUAUGAAGUUGGAAUUAACAAGACUGCUACUAUUGAAACCAUGGCUAAUUAUCUACAGGAAGUGGCCUGCAACCAUGCUCAGAUUGUUGGCUUCUCAACUGAUGGAUUUUCGACUACAACUACCAUGAGAAGAUUGAAUCUGAUAUGGGUGACAGCCCGAAUGCACAUUGAAGUCUACAAAUACCCUGCUUGGAGUGAUGUGGUUGAGAUUGAGACAUGGGGCCAAAGCGAAGGAAGAAUUGGGACCAGACGCGAUUGGAUUAUCAGAGAUUACUCCAAUGGCGAAGUCAUUGGCAGAGCAACAAGCAAGUGGGUGAUGAUGCAUCAAGAUAGUAGACGAUUUCAGAAAGUCAGUGAUGAAGUCCGCAAUGAAUAUUUAGUUUUCUGCCCAAAAACCCCGAGAUUUGCAUUUCCUGAAGAAGACAAUUACAGCUUAAAGAAGAUAUCAACGCUAGAAGAUCCUGCUACCUUUUCCAGCCUCGGCCUUGCACCAAGAAGAGUUGAUCUGGACAUGAACCAACAUGUAAACAAUGUGGCUUACAUUGGAUGGAUACUGGAGAGCAUUCCCCAGGACGUGAUCAACACCCAUGAACUACAAACGAUAACAUUAGAUUAUAGACGCGAAUGCCAGCAUGAUGAUGUCGUUGAUUCCCUAACAAGUCCCGAGUCAGAGGAAGAUGUUGCAGGAACAAAGCUAAGAGGAUCUAAUGGACAUGCUGCUGCAGCAACAACAGACGACGAUGAGUUGCUUCCGUUCUUGCACAUGUUGAGAUUAUCAGACAACAAACUUGAAAUAAACAGGGCACGAACUCGUUGGAGAAAGAAAACGAAAUUAAGAAACAAGACGGUGUACUGUUUAAACUAGAUCUCCUUCAAAGCUAUUCAUUAGAAGGGAGAAUGUUCUAAAAUGCUCAAUUUCCCCAAGCAUAAUGAACUGUCUAACCUCGGAAUUUGAUUGCACUUGCACAAAA